AUGUUUGGGCAACUCUCACAUGAGCUAGAGGUAAACGUGCCGGCUAGUGAAGCAUGGGAGAUUUAUGGCACGCUUGGGAUAUCAAAACAUCUUGUAGAAGAUGGAAGCGCCUUUGAGAAAAUUGAGGUCUUAGAAGGCGAUGGAGUGAGUGGGACUAUUCUCAAGAAAACAUUUAUGCCAGGCUCACAUGGGUUUACUGUGCACAAAGAGAAGUUCACAAAGCUUGACAAUGAGAAAUGCAUGAAAGAGCUAAAGGUGAUUGAAGAAGGAUAUCCUGAUUUAGGCUUUACUCUUUUUCGUGUUCACUUCGAAAUCAUAGAGAAGGACAAUGAUUCAUGCAUAAUCAAAAGCACAAUUGAGUAUGAUGUCAAGGAAGAGGCUGUUGCAAAUACCUCGUAUGCCAAUAAUGACCUAGUAGCAAAAAUUGCAGAAGUCGCCAAAAAUUAUCUCAUAAAAAACAAAGCUACUGAAAAUGCAGCUUGAUUAUGAACAAUAAUAUACCACGUUCUGGAAUAAAAUAAUAAA